AUGGCUAAGGGUCCCGGUCUCUACUCUGACAUCGGCAAGAAAGCCAGGGAUCUGCUUUUCAAGGACUACCAAAGUGACCAGAAGUUCACCGUCACCACCUUCUCACCCACUGGAGUUGCUAUUACUUCAUCAGGAACCAGGAAAGGCGAACUGUUUGUGGCUGAUGUGAACACUCAGUUGAGGAACAAAAACAUCACUACUGACAUCAAAGUUGAUACAGAUUCUAAUCUCUUCACAACUAUCACUGUCAAUGAACCAGCUCCUGGUCUUAAGGCUAUCUUUAACUUCAAAGUUCCUGACCAAAGGUCCGGAAAGGUGGAACUUCAGUACUUGCAUGAUUAUGCUGGAAUAAGCACGAGCAUUGGGUUGACAGCAAACCCAAUUGUCAACUUCUCUGGUGUUGUAGGAACCAAUGUUCUUGCUCUUGGUGCUGAUCUUUCUUUUGACACCAAAAUUGGGGACUUAACCAAAUCCAAUGCUGGACUGAGCUUCACCAAGGAUGACUUAAUUGCCUCAUUGACUCUGAAUGACAAAGGCGAUGCUCUGAAUGCUGCAUAUUAUCAUGUAGUUAACCCCUUGACCAACACUGCUGUUGGUGCUGAGGUCACUCAUCGAUUUUCAACUAAUGAGAACACUCUCACCCUUGGUACCCAACAUGCAUUGGAUCCAUUGACCACAUUGAAGGCACGUGUGAACAACUUUGGCAAGACUAGUGCUCUCAUCCAGCAUGAGUGGCGUCCCAAGUCGUUCUUUACCAUUUCUGGUGAGGUUGACACCAAGGCCAUUGAAAAGAGUGCCAAGGUUGGAUUGAGUUUGGUUCUCAAACCCUAA